AUGAUAUGGCGCAAGUGGAGCAGAAGACAAGUUAUCCUCUCUCUCCUCUCUCUUUCUGCGCUCAUACCAGGAUCUGCGCAAUACACAUGUACGCACCUGAGCUCGGGCAUCUCUCAGACUGCACCUUGCUCCAUCAACGUCACAUACAGUGCUUAUGAAGACCACGAGUACGGUGAUGGUGGAAGGGGCGGACAACUGUUUGGCGCGCAGGGACCCAACGGAUUCACUUGCAACAUUCAUGGAGAGUGUAAAGGAUCGCUACAACAAGAUCCGCUGCAGCUUCUUGGAACUGAUAGCCUUGGAUGCUGUUGCAGCUCGGGUACCAAAGGACUAGGGCUUGAUGUAGGAUAUUAUCAGUGGACCCCUGCUACCAUCCAGCAUUAUCGAGAAUGCUCUACUUCAGUAUCGCCAGAGCCAUGCGUGCCUGAGGCAUGCGAGUUUGAAGUGAUAGGGUAUCCUGGAAAAGGAACUUUACAUGCUAUCACAGAGUACGGAGGGCGGGGAAGCAUUCUUGGUCCUUGCUCGCAAUCCUCUCCGUGCAAAGUGCCACCGAGAUUUAACACGAACAUGCCAGCAGUAAAUGGUCAAACAAGAAUAGGCAGGUUUCAGAACAAUAUUCUGAUAUUCAAACCAUUAGAUGGAGAUGUUGGGCAGUGCAGUCAGACAAACUUUAACUGUAUCGGAUUCACAGCAAACCUUUUCUGGGAGUCAGGAUACGAGGAUCUAUUUCUAUAUACUUCCCUGGAAUUUCAAGUCAGGUCCUUCACGUGGAAAUACUCCACCGACCACAUCGGAAUUUUCCAAACAUUCAGAAAUACUAUACAGGAUAAUUAUGUACAAUUGUUGGAAGACAGAUAUCAACGAUAUCUUCAUCAGAAUGAAACAGAUCUGUUUUAUGUCCAGGGAUGUCCUUGCAUUGAAAUCAAUUCCAUGUCGUUCGAAUGCAAUGCAGUAAAUUCCAACUGCUCUCUGAAUGGAACCUCUGGUCGAAUCCUCAUCAUCGAUUUUCGAAGCAUGGCCGCUAUUGAUGGCGGAUUGUGUCUGCUGGACUCUGCUUCAGUAUGCACUGGAUUGCAGCCUGAGCUGUCGAUUAUCUAUUCAGCAAUCAACAAUGGUUCGGUGGUGCCGGAUUUGCAAUGA